AUGACUGGAAUGAAAAUGGAGUGGAAAUGGGGGAAUUAUGAUUCUAUCAUUGAGGAAUCUUCAUCUGGAUCCAGCCUUUUUCCAAAAGCUUUGAUGUUUGUCAUGGAUCAUCCUAACACAACACAGUCCCUGCCGGCUGUUGAAAACUCUGGCUCUGUUGCUUCCCUGUCUGAGAAGAAUGGAGGUAGUGGCAAUGAAUACUUUUAUAUCCUGAUUGUCAUGACCUUCUAUGGAAUAUUUUUAAUGGGAAUCAUGCUAUGCUAUAUGAACUCCAAGAGGAAAGAAAAGAAAUCUAACUUGCUGCUGCUUUAUAAAGAUGAGCAGAGGAAAUGGGGACAAGCUGUAAAGCCUCUGCCAACAAUCUCAGGACUGAGGUCUGUCCAGUUUCCCAUGAUGAUCAGUAUGCUGCAAGACAGCAUGGUACCAGCUUUUUCCUGUGCCUUGUGUUCCAUGGAGGGAAACAGUGAAUCUUCCUUGCCAGAUGUUCACCUCACUAUUGAAGAAGAAAUGCCUGUUGAUGAAUCAGGAGAAUCGACUGAAACAGCCCUCCUCAAGGACAGUAGUGAAGGCUCUUCAGAAAGCAUCCAUCAACAUUCCUAGCAUUUCCAGUCUCUGAAGACUCAACAUCUUCUGAAAAAUUAUAAUCAGUUUUGCUUCUGGCAUUGAUCCAUCCAUCAUUAUGAUGGGUCAUUAUAUUGUUGGAAGAUAGAAAGAAAAGUAAUAAGCCCAAAUAUAAUGUAUAACAGAAUCGUUUUGUUACUAAAGACAGAGAAGGAAUUUUUUUUAUCUCUGAAGGAAAUAUUCUGGCCUUCCUUCAGCUUAUUUCUGAAUGUACAAAUGUGAAAGUAGUGGUGAUAUAUGCAACUGUUUUAUGAAUAACCAGUGAUUUGAUAACUAAUGUCAAUGAUACAUUCCUAGUCUCAAAAUGAUUAAACAGCAAUAAUAUAGCAAAAAUCAAUCUUUGCUCACUCAGUGACUAAGCAGCAGCCCACUUGAAUGAAUUCCUAACUUUCAGAUAUGUAUAAUAGUUUAGAAGAAGUAAGCAUACAGAUAUCUGGGCAGCAACUGGGAAGGGGGCAUGAUAAUGAAAUGGCAUGAAACAGCAGCAGUUGUGACUUCUGAGUAUAUAACAGCAAACAACAAUCGUCUCUAUUUUAAAAUUUUUGUUACUUGUUUAUCCCAAAUAGAAUGGCUGUGGAAGUAACUCCUACAUUAAUGUAAAUUUUUAGAUCAGUAAGCAUUGCACAAAACUGAUAGUUUAGUUCUGUUAAUCAGCUCAACAUCCUGUUCAUUCUGAAUGAGUCAUUAACCACAAAAAGACCAGGAGUUAUAAUGCCCAAUUAAGAUAUAACUGCACCAAAAGCAGGCCUGGUGUGGCCACUUGGAUGUUCUUGGUCUGUAGCUGUCAUAAUUGCAGCUCUUCAUUAAUCCAUAAUAAGUAUAAAAUAUUGAUCACAAACAUGGUGAGUUUCUGGUUCUGGAAUAAUAUAUUCAUUUUAGAAAGUAUUCAAACCAUAGCUCAGGAAUUUUUUAUGAUCAUUUGUUACAGUACUUUACAAACACAUUAGUUAAAACAUUACAUGGGUUUUAAAAAGUUAUACAUGUAACAGUGACCCCAAAAUUUAUUACUUCCAUCAUGCAUUGCAUUGAACAUCAACAUUGGGCUUAUAAGUAUGAGAACAGAAACACUGCCAAAACUCUGAGUUUUCCAAGUUAAAUAAUGCAGAAAGAUAUGUAUUGCCAUGGGAUACAUGGCAAUACAGUCUGUGAAAACAGAAAGAGAAUAGGCACAAAUGAUGUAAAAGUCCUACUUUUCACUUCUACUUUAAGGCAUUAG